AUGAUCGAUACUUCCACAUACCCAAAUUUCGUUUAUGUAUCAACUAUUCAAACUGGAUGUGUAACAAUAGAAUUUGAUUCAUCUUAUCCGUUUCAUUUGAUCGGUAUCAUCAGUCGAGAUGAAUAUCAAAAAUCAAUUCAGCAGAUCAAUCUUAUCGGAAUGACAUUGGUUAUUCUGGGUGCUGCUUUGCAAGUUAAUAGUCGUAAUAACCAAUUUCCUCCAAUAACAGGCGCUGGAAUUACUUUGCUGUUUUGCGGAGCAACUUUUACUUUAAUCGGACUUUGUGUCAUGCAAUAUCGACGUACAAAACAGCUGCAACAAGCAAUAGCAAAAGAAUCACUGAAGUAUUUACCACGUACGCCUAUACCUUGCAGCUGGAGACUUGAAACAAAAAUGAAUUGGUGUGGCACAUCUGAUGAUGGUCAAUAUAGACGGUUAACUUAUCAUAUCAUCAUUGAUAUCGGUCGUCCAGUAACUUCUUCGAAAACUCAACAAUGUGAUGCGAACGAAACAACAGUAUUACUCGGGCACAGCAAUGAUUUACCUCCGUCGUAUCAUACAUUAACGAUGGGCAAAUAA